CUGCUCUGGGGUUGUAACGUGCCCUGCUGCUGUUCCCACAGGGUCUGCAGACGCUGGCGCAGGCUGGUGCAGGACAAGAUGCUCUGGAGAUUUGUGGAUUUAAUGCCCUACAAGCUCAGCUCCAGGAUCCUGUGGCACCUGCUAAGGCAGUACCUGCGCAAUAGCCUGAGGGUACUGAAAGUGAGAGGAGCUCUCUACUCAAUGAGAAAGCAUGAGUUCCUUUCCCCAGCGCUGCUGCAGGCACUAGGAAAGCAGUGUCCCAGCCUCUAUCACCUCUGCCUGACCCAGGCUGACCUCCGUCGUCUCCCAUAUGACUGUAUACCGUCUUCUCUAAAGAGCAUGAAGCUGAGCCAGUGUGAGAUCCCUGCUGUGUGGUUCCAAAGAUCUGCAUCUCCAGAGACUCCCAGAGACCUGCCACAACUGCAGCAUCUCAUGAUCCAUAAUGUGUCUGCCUUUUCUGAUCAGCAUCUGCUUAACGUAUCAUCUCAGACCAGCCUAAGGACGCUGACCCUCUCUGGAACCUACCGGCUGACGGAUGCAGGAAUUCAGAGAGCAGCCCCAUAUCUGGAAGACCUGGAAUGCCUGGUCCUGCGCAAAUGUGUCAUUACAGAUGCUGCUGUUCAUUUCAUUGGGCGUCACAUGAAACAGCUCCGCUCUUUGGAAUUCAGUGAUACUUGUUCCUUAACAGAUGCAGGCCUGGCUUGUUUAGCAGCCUUGAAGUGCUUGGAAACCCUCCACCUCGAGUCCAGGUUUAAGCUUUCCCCUGAUGCCAUUGUUGCUGUGUGCCAGGCACUCCCCCAGUUAAGGAAUCUCAGUUUAGAUGGGAUUGACUUUGAAGACCAGACAGUACAUAAAAUUCAGGCAAGUUUGCCCAACUGCCGUUUCUAGUGUGCUUCCUGACACGCAUUCUGAGACAAAAUGUUAACAAUGGGGGGAGUUGUAUGGAACACGUGAGGGUGAGAUGUGGGGUGUUCACCCCCUGAAAUAACUCCCAGAAUUGCUUCUUCUGGGCAGGGUUGUACUCCCAGUGGCAGUUGCAUUUAUCUGUCUGGAGGCAGAAUUUUCUCUGGCUAAAACAAUGAGGUGAGCAGUGUAGGACGAGGACCAUCCUGACAGCUUGUAUCACCUGAAAACAGGCCAGCAGAAAUUCAGUUCUGCAAUCUGCUUGGCUGGGCUCCUGAAGUGAUCUCUCACCUUCUACUAAGAAAAUAACAAGGCCCGGACAAAACGUGGCAUAUGAGGACCAGUGGUCCUAUGAGCUUAUUUAAAUUAGAUGCAGUUUGGCAGCUGGAGGUUCUCUCUUAAGUUUAACCUCGUCUCACAUUAAACAUCAGGCAACAGGUUAAUUAUCCCCAAGCACAAGGGAGCAGGUCAGCUGUCAUCCUGAUGCACAGAAGUGUUUGGCUGCCCAGAUCUUGGACUCUAGAUAAAAUUUAACUCAGAUCAAAAGGCAUUAACCACAUUACUGUGCUGUGAGCAUACUCCAAAACAUCCCUAGUAGGAAGUGGACAAAGGAUUGUGCAAACACACAUUUUAAAUGCAGGGAACAGAACCUUUAAGGGGAAAGAACCCAUCAUGUCCAUUUCACAAACACAGACACCAACCAUGUGCCACACAGGUAUAGGUUGUGCAAGAAGCUUUCAGAUCAAACAACAGACCUGGAAGGCACUGAACCCGUGUGGUGAAAUCUACUGUG